CGACGCAGCACACGGCCUUGCCUCGGGACUCUGCGCGUCCUCGCCACGCGAUUCCUCGACAUGGAGACCCACAAGCGUAAUAGGGACGAAGACGGCACGCUGGUUACGUUCUAUGCGCCGAAUAGGACCUUUGCGCGGGUGUACAAGGGCCAGUCGCUUGAGGAGACGAGAAGUCUCGUGCGGAAGAAGCUUGGGCUCCCUGACGAUACGUCUAUACGUUUCUCGAGGCUUCACGAGGGGAAGGUCAUUGAGUUGGAUGACGACGAGGAUUUUGAAGCUUUCCGUCACCUUGCACGAUAUGUACCCUCUCUUGACGUGUCGGUUUUUGUUGGACAAACCGGUCCACCGUUAUUCACGCAGCAAGCUACGCGGGAGUCGACUGUUAACCUCAGCAACCCGAAGAGACGUCCCAAGAAACGACAAGCUGCUAUUCCAAGCUCUGUUGGUCCCAUUGAUUCUACGACUAACGGCAUAACAUCUGCAAAGGAUCGACCGUCCAACAUCCCGGAUAGUUCAUCGACCUUGGAUGUCAACGGGGUGCCAAAGAAGAAGCGUAAGCGCAAGGACGGAACUCACAUAGUUGACCGGUCGGUUUCCUCGCCGGUUUCCCCGUUGCCUGCAUUCCAGACGGUCCCUGAUGGGCAUGAAACUUCCAGCUUCAGGAACCGAGAGCCUGCGCCCCAGCGUACACGUCCUAUUCUCCCUCCUUCUCCGCAUGGUUCGGAACCGCCAGCAAUUGAGGCUCUCGUCCCACGCAAAGGCUCCAAACGGAAACGUCAAGACUCGCCCGAGACCCCGGCCGCUGUACCUUUGACCAUUUUCGCUCCUACAGUCCCUCCACCUCCCUCGCCUGCACGUUCUGCAUCACUCUCAUCUCCUGCGAAGAAGAAGCGGAGAAAAAACAAGCGGGCGGAGGACUCUCCGGCAGUUACUCCUGUUCAGAUGACUGCGACGAGAUUUGAUAAGACAAGCAAGCGUAAACCUAACGAUACAGUCUCUGCGUCUCCACCCCCUGCUGCUGCCCCUCUUGCCGCAGAGACUGACCUUGGUACUGAAGACACCGUCGUGGGCAGGAAAGCGACGAAGAAGGCGAAGACAGAAGCCAAGCUCCGCACUGUGGAGGAUGACGACGCCACCGCAUCAUCCAAGGAGGAUGCGAAGAAGUCCAAAAAGCGUAAAGAUAAGGAGUCGAAUAGAGAGCAAGGCUUUGCUACGACUCCUGUCGAAUCUUCCCCAAAUGAGACGCCUCCUGCGAGCAUAGAGCCAGCGAAAGAGAAGCGAAAGAAGCGUACUGAAGCCACUGAACUGCCUGAGGCAGUACCGUCUGCGAGCCCUACUCCAACGGCUUCAACUGACGCAACAGCGGCGAAGAGCAGCAAGGAGAAGAGGCGGAAGGCUAAGGGCCGCCAUAGUGAGCAGCUCAAUGGUGCCCUCGCUAUGACUGGAUCAGAGAAUGAGCCGGUUGCGGGCCCCUCUGCUGCAGUAGAACCUGAAGCUGACGGGGAACUCAAAGGGAAGAAGGUGCGACGCAGAAAGACGCUUACGGCUACUUUGGCGAGCGACGCUGAAGAAGCAACGUCGCCCAUGAGUAAAUCAUCUGCCGCCGAACCCGUUUCGCAUGAGGACCAAGUGACUUCAACAACACAAGACAGUUCAGAGUCCGCGUCUGCCAAGAAGUCCAGGCGCGAUCGCAAGAGUCUGUCUGCUCUGUCUUCGCAUGGGGAAGGAAGCACUUCUGAAACUGCCGCCUUCUCUGCAGUGCGAGCUGCUGCCGAAGCAGUCUUGGCUCGUGCCUCCUCAACGAGUGCAGGCCCUAACUCUGCUCCCGCGUCUCAGCAAUAUGCGCCUCCUCUAUCUGAGGCCGCCCUUCCUGGGAAGAAGAGGAAAUCGGGCAAGUCAAAGCUUAGCCAAGCAUGGGGACCCAAUGAUUUGGUGGAGGAACAGGAGUCAGCUUGCGCAUCGGUCGCGACACCUGCACUGGAUAGCACCUCUGCAUCCGCUGCUUCUGUACCAUCGACCUUUGUCAAAAUCACGGCUAAGACAAAGGCUGCUCAUGCUCAGAGAACCCCUCGUCCGUCAAGUGCGCCCACGUGUCCCAUAUGUGAUGAGCCGUCCUUGCAUCCGCGUUCGCAGUGCCCCGUCGUCGAAGCCGGUCCUAUGGCCAUUCGCAAGCGUAUUGCUCAGCUCAAGAAAUCCGGCGACUACGAGCUCGCCGAAGAGCUUGACGUCCUCUACAAGGAAGCGCAACGGCGCAGGAAAAGUGCUGGCGGGAAGCGGGCCGCUAAUAUUGCCGCCCUCACUCUCGUCCCGGCUGCUAAUGCAGAGACUGAGGUGCCUCAGCCCUCGCCCGCCAUGUCUCUGCAGUCGUCAUCCACAUCGGCGCUGUCGAGGCCGCGUCUCGGCGAUCGUUCGCUCUCUUCUCCUCGCCUUCCUGCCGGAUCUGAGAUAUCUGAGGUUGUCGUAGAGAGUAAAGACGAAGGAAGCAGCAACGAGAGUUCUAGCGACGACGAGGACGAAGGACCAGUGCCCACGGCGUCGUCGCUCCCUCUCCUGGACCCCACCAACCUCGAAGCGCUCCUCUAUGUCCCCGUUAAACCCCGUGUCAGUGUCCUCGCCCAGAUCCCAUCCUCCUCCGAGUCUAGUGAAGGCGAGGAGUCCGACGACGAGCCCCGAAAUGACAAAGACAUCGACAUGGACGAGGAAGACAAGCACGACCGCGCUUACCACCGCAUGUCUCGCAAGUUCGCGCAUGCGGGAUCUUCGUCGGACGAAGACGAGCCCCAGCCUGAUUCGGACCAAGCCCAGGAGCUGGAUACCACCGCUGACACGGACGUGGACGACCAUAUAAUCUCCCCUACCGAGAUGGAUCCGGGGCCGAACAACAGCAUAGACAGGCAGGACGCACAGCAGGUCGAGGCCGACAUGUUGGCGCAGGACACUUCUGCCAUUGAGCGCCCAGCCAAGCAAUUGGACGACGAGUCUGUAGUGUCCGGGGACCACAGAGAGUUGUCUGAAAGCGACGAGGAUGAGGACGAGAAAGAAGUGGAAGCCCAGGCGAAGUCAUCUGGGUCUCCAGAACCACACGCUGCCGUCGCAUCAAACGCCGAGACGAGCGAAGCCGAUAUAGACGAGCCACAGGGGAUCCCUGAAGAUCGAGGUGAUGACCGUCGUGCCGACACCACUGCCGUGGUUGAUCCUCUCUCGCAGGCGCAUCCCGAGCCCAAGGAGCCGGAAGGGUCCGAGGCCGACGACGGCGCCAAGCAGCAGCCCGACGGAGGUGAUACAGUAGAUGUUUCUGCUGAGGCCCCUCAGGCCGACGAGAAUGUGCCAGAGCCAGACGCUCGGGUUGAUUUCGUUAGGGAUGGUGCCCCGUCAGAGGCCGAUGACGUUGAGCAGGAUGCUCCAGCUGCAGACCUAAGGAAAUCUUCCCCUGAGCUUGGGGGAGACCUCUCUCCCGCCCUCUCCGGCACCACCGCACAAGCCGAAGUCGAGAAAGUCAAUGGUACUUCAGACAGAGAAGACGAGAGCGCAGGCGAGGAUACUGCCAUGCGCAACGAAGACGACAUGCAAGUGGAGGUGGUCGAGCCGUACGCCGAGGACCCGAACGACCCCAUUGAUGCGUUCAGCUCCGAUCACGACGCAGAACAGGACGACCCCAUUGAGGACCCCGACGUGACACAGGCUCCAGCCCAGGAACGCGAGCAUACCCCGCCACCAGCGACGCCCCGCACGCCCGGGACCGUAGGCCGCAUGAAGGACCGUUAUGGUCGCCUCUCUCAAGCCCGCGGCCGAGAAGCGGGCCCCCGCCUGUCUCAACUGGUGCUCGGAGACCUAGCGUUGUCGCAGGAGGACAUCACACUCAAACUUCCUGCCCCAGCCGGCACGCUUGAGCCGUCUCUGAUAUCGGAUCCUGAGGCUCAGGCAGAGAUGGAUGACGACCCGGAAGCGGACGAACCUGAACCAGCCAAGACGCCAAAUCAGAGCAUGUCUUCUCUGCGCGAACCUCAGCAAGAAGCACAAGGGAAGGUAGCAGACUCUGCGGAGGUGCAACCACGCCGCCCAACACGCGCGACGCGUCGCACUACCUCCAUUGCGCCAUCCUCCUCCCUCCCGGAGCCCGAACCCGAGCCUACUCCGACGCCCGCGCCCACGCAGAGACGGGGGAGGCCCCGUCUGACGGCCGAGGAGAAGGCUCGGCGCGAGGCGGAGAAGGCGGUGAUUGCGGCAAACAGAGCGGCGGCGAGGCAGCAGAAGGCAGCAGAGAAGAAGGCAGCAAAGGAGGCAAGGGAUGCGGCGAAGCAAGCCGCCAAGGAUGCGAAGCAAAGAGAGAAGGCAGAGAGGGCGCAAGCGAAGCGCGGCGGUGCUAGGAGCGGAAGAGGGCGCGGGGGACUGGGCAAGCCGGUGUCGACACGGUCGCAGCGCGUGAAGGAGUCCGUCGAGCCUGAGGAUGAAGAAGGGGUCGACGAGGACACGUCGGGGUUGGACGGGAGAGAGGCACCUUCGGCCGCGGACGUCGCGAACACUCCUGGAGUUGCGAAAAUCUCUUGGGCUGUCUUACCACAGUCGGACUUGGGGAGGACUCAGGAAUCCGUCGGCGAGACAUCUAUGAUCGACGAGCUACAGCCGAGCAGCCCGGAGGUCGUCCCGCCUCGCGCGCUCUAUGUCAGAGAGGAGAGCCCAGCGCGCGACGACACUAUUACUCAGGAGCAUGUCGACGAGCACGAUAAGCACAACCCCGCAGUCACACCGAAGUCGAAGUCGAAGGGCGCUACGAAGGAUCCGCUGUUUAUCCCUUCCAGCAGCCAACACCCUCCUACACCAUUCAGUCUCCCAGCGGCGGAGAGCACGCCUUUUGCUAAUGGCAAUGAGGGCAGGAAUAACCCCGACGACAAUGACGACGACGGUGAGCCCGAAGAGGAACCCGAGAGGACUUUUACGGCGCCUACUCGUUCGCGCGGUUCCUGGCUGCCGCACUCGUUGUACCCCUCGUUGACGGUGCUGGCGGGCCAGGCGUUAUUCCCGACAUCGCAGAUUUCCUCCCCUGCGCUGUUCUCGCAGACACCGAGACAAGAAGCGACCUACAAGCGCUCGCCGGCGACGUACGGCAACGGCAACGGCAAGGACAAGGAGGAUGACGAUGAUGAUGAUGACGACUCUAGCGACGAGUCAGACUCGUCCGAUUCUGAUGGCAGCACGAGAAAGAAAUCGCACAUACCCCAGAGUCGUCGGGCUGGGGCGGGUGUGCAGAGAAAGAAGAAAUCUAGAUUACUGUCCGCAUAUACUUAGGCCCUCUUCCAGCGUAUCGCAUGUCCUGUUGCAUUCCAUCCUGCAUUCUCCAACAUAUAGCAUCAUUGCACUCACACAUCCUCACUAUAGUAGAAGUAGGAUAAUAUCUCACACUAUGCUCAAUGUGUUCCUAUCAGUCGCAUGUAGUCGUUGUAAUCUUCUCGUCGGAAGCGCUGUCGAAAGUACCACAUUGUCUUUGUAAGUAGAGCCUAAGUUGUACACUCCAACAGCCCGCC